AUGGCACAAAUAUCACAAUCUCCCAUCCUCCGCUUACCACUUGAAAUCCGUCUGAUGAUCUAUGAAUACGCCCUCGACGUACCGAACGAGUACAUGGACAGGCCGCUGAUCGUGGUCAAUGACCGCGGAAACGCCUUCACAGCGCGAGGCCGUUACCGCGCUCUAUCAAUGUGUCCCAGCUGGGUAGGCGAGAACGGCAAGGUCCGCAGCCUGCUCUCCGUGAAUCGGCAAAUCCACGAUGAAGUCGAAGACUUCUUGUAUUCGCAUAAUACGCUCUUCUUUCUCAAUGCGUUUAGUCUGGACCGGCUGGGUGCGUUCCUGGAUACGCUUAGUGAGACGGCGCGCAGGCGCAUUCGCAGCGUCGGCUUUGAAAUCUUCUUCUUUGUGCAUUCGCAGACGGGCGUGCCGAAGCGGACGUUGAAGGAGUAUGAGCGCGCCGGGAAGAUCCUGAGCGAGAAGCUGCCCAAUUGGAGCAGCGUUGUGUUUUACCUUGAUCCGAGGUUUUAUUUCCCGUCGGCGGCUGUUGGGGGCAGGGAGUUGUCGGCUAGGGGAGUUUGGUAUCUGGCGACGAAGUUUGGAGCCAUGAGGAAGGAGAUGCAGUUUUUCGCGCUGCCGUCUAUUCAUCGGCAUGUUAUGGACGACGCCAAGAGGAAGAUUCAGAUGGGGAGGAGGGGGUCGCAGGGGCGGGCAUUUCUUUAG